AUGUCCCAAUACAACAAUAACGCUCCUGAAGAAGUAUUCCAAACCACAACUCACAGACAUCCUGCGCCUGGUUAUAAUACUCAACAUGACUCCUCGGGCUUUCCGGCGGAUACCGAAAAGGGUCAGUCUCUUAAAGAAGUACAUACAGCUUCUGUGGAGUUGUCAGGAGAUAUCACUAAAGGCAAAGUAAAGCGUGAGCUUAAGCAACGUCAUGUUUCUAUGAUUGCUCUUGGAGGAACUAUUGGCACCGGUCUUUUUAUUGGUACCGGCUCUGCCCUUGGAGAUGCUGGGCCAGUAGGUGCACUCAUUGCAUAUCUAUUCAUGGCCACAAUUGUUUACUCACUUGCCCAGUCAAUUGGUGAAAUGUCUACUUUUAUUCCAAUCACUGGUUCUUUUACCGUUUUUUGCACCCGAUUUGUUUCACCGGCAUUGGGUGCGUCAAUAGGCUGGCUUUACUGGUUUUGUUGGGCUAUUGCCUAUGCCAUUGAACUUUCAAUUGUUGGGCAAGUUAUUCAAUACUGGACUUUUGCAGUUCCUUUGGCUGCAUGGAUUGGUAUAUUUUUUGUUGUGAUUAGUUUACUCAACUACUUUCCGGUUAAAGUCUAUGGCGAAAUUGAAUUCUGGGCAUCUUCCAUCAAAGUCAUAGCAAUUGUGGGUUGGCUUAUUUAUGCACUCUGCAUGGUAUGCGGAGCAGGGGAAACAGGACCGGUAGGAUUUCGUUACUGGCGCAAUCCUGGGCCUUGGGGUCCUGGCAUAUUGGCUUCAAACAAAAACACUGGUCGGUUUUUAGGCUGGCUUUCGGCCUUGGUUAAUGCUGCAUUCACAUACCAAGGUAUUGAGCUUGUAGGCCUCACAGCUGGUGAAACUGAAAAUCCUCGUAAAACCGUACCACGUGCCAUUAACCGUCUUUACAUCCGCAUUUGUGUGUUCUUUAUUGGCUCCAUUUUUUUCAUGGGACUUCUUGUUCCAUUUAACGAUCCUCUACUUAGUUCUGAUGAAUCAUAUGUUGCCUCUUCUCCUUUUAUUAUUGCAAUUGUGAACUCAGGUACCAAAGUUCUUAACCAUAUUUUUAAUGCUGUGAUUCUCUCCACUAUUCUUUCAGCGGCAAAUUCAAGUGUAUACAUUGGUUCGCGUAUUCUUUACGCCCUUGGUUCUUCUGGAGUUGCUCCCAGACAUUUCACUUGGACAACCACUAAUGGUGUUCCUGUUAUUGGUGUAACUGUUACAUCUCUUAUUGGUCUUCUUGGCUUUUUGUCUGUUUCUGAUGGAUCAACAAAUGCUUUUAACUGGCUGGUUAACAUUUCAACAGUAGCUGCUCUUUUGGCUUGGGCUGGAAUCUCAUUUUCUCAUAUUAGAUUUUUAAAAGCACUUAAGUACCAUGGAAUUGAACGAGCAGAACUUCCUUUUAAGGGAAAGGGGGGUGCUGGAUAUGUUUGGUAUGCACUGAUAUGUGUUAUUUGCAUCACAAUCAUUCAAGGUUUUACCACGUUCUGGAACUUUAAUGGUUCUGACUUUAUCGCUGCAUAUAUUUCCCUUUUUAUUUUUAUUUUCCUCUAUGUUUUAUUCCAGUUUGUGAUCUUUAGAGGUCCUCUUUUGCAGGCACCUGAAGAUAUUGAUAUUUUCACUGGACGCAGAGAAGAAGAACUUGUGGUCAUGGAAAAAGAAGAUAUGAACCUAUGGGAAAAAAUUCUCGAUUACAUAUUUUAA